GUUAAAGGAAGUGGCAUAAAAAGUUGUGUGGAGCAGUCCGAUAUAGAAAAAAAGGCAUCAUGAAAGAGAGAUAGGGUGUGUUUUGCUGCUUAACAAAAACCAAACGAUCCAAAAAUAGUUUGUCCGGUACAUAGCAUUGUUUCUAUCUAUUCUCUGAUGCUGCCUUGAGAGUCGGGGCUGACAAACGAGCAGUCAUGAACGAUAAUUUCGACCGAGCUCCCGGAGCAGGGAGAAGCAGGAACCUUCCUGGAGACCCAGGGUUCGUGGGUACAGCCGUGGAUGGGGAGACCAAAUCCACGCUGUUCAACCAAAGGGAACCACUGAGACAGCCGCGAACAUGCCCGCCAUUUGCGGAGAACAACAUGAGCACGGUUAACGACGUGGGUGUUGGAGAUUUAAAAAAGCAGAACAAACCACAACAAAAUGCAAAUGCCAACAGUACUUCUGCCUCAAAAAGGUGCAAUGAUGUGGAUUCUUUGGUCAAGUCUUCAAAGCUGUCAGCCAAUGCCCCAGAGUUUGUCCCCUCUGGAAUCAGCCUGAGUGAGGACCCCACUUUUUAUAAUGAUAGUGAAAGCUAUGAUGAGCCAACCUUGGCUGACAUGGUCACGGACUUCCUGGGCCACCUGAGCUCCUCACCAGGGUCUUUUGAGUCUGAUGUUGAACACAUAACCAGCAUGCUCAACUCCUGGGUCACUACUGAAGAGUCGUUGCAUGAGCUGGUGGAACUGAUUUACACACAGUCUACUGCCAUUCCAAACUUCUCCUACACUGGUGCCAGGCUUUGUAAUUACCUGUCCCAUCACCUCAAUAUCAGCCCACCAAGUGGCAACUUCCGUCAGCUACUCCUGCAAAGAUGUCGAACAGAGUUUGAACAGAGGGAUGUCGCUGUUAAAGGAGACCCUGAAACACGGAAGAAAUUCCACUCCUUUGUGUUAUUUUUGGGAGAGCUCUAUCUUAACCUGGAGGUAAAGAGUGGAAAAGGUCUUCGAGCAGAUAUCCUCCUCGCUGCUCUUAAUGAGCUCAUGAAGAGUCUCUUUGAUAAUCCUGUGGAUGCGAAUCUCAUCUGUGCUGUCAAACUACUUAAGCUGACAGGCUCAGUCCUGGAUGACGCAUGGAAAGAGAGUGGAAAACCACACAUGGAAGAACUGAUCCGCAAAAUAGAAACUGUUCUACUGGAUGCCACAUGCAGCAGGGAUGUCAGACAGAUGCUUCUGAAACUAGUUGAGUUGAGGUCUAGUGACUGGGGCCGAGUCCGAGCUGCUGCAGCAGCCAGCAAUGCCACACCAGAAAAUGAUCCCAACUACUUUAUGAAUGAGCCCACGUUCUACACAGAAGAUGGCACUCCUUUUACAGCAGCAGAUCCAGAAUAUGCUGAAAAAUACCAAGAGAUCCUGGACAAGCAGGAUUAUUUCCACGACGCUUAUGGAGAAAAUGGAAAUGAGUUAUACGACUUCGAAGAUGAGAUGGAGCCCGAGAUAGAAGAGGCGUUUGAGAACUUUUGUUUAGAGUCAGAGAGGAAAAGAAAACAAUGACGUGCAACAAAUACAUACCCAACCAACUUACUGGAAUGUUGAAAGCAGAGGAAACUAGCAUCAGAUAGGUUCAGACUUUUAUUUUACAACAAACAAGCAUUUUAACUAAAAGAGCUGUUUAUAGUUGCACUUCAGUCAGUGUUGAUGAGCAAGUGGGGACAAUCGACAGGAUAACUGUUCAACUUGUUAAGGUGGUGUUUUCAGACAAGGAAGGUUCCCCCUAUUGUUUUGAUUUCUUUUAAGAACUUUUCUUUGCAUCUAAACUUAAUGCCAAGAGAAAACUAGUGUGCUGUGGAUUUGUUUUAGAGUUCUUUUUGGAACAGCAGAUAAGUUUAAGAAAAUUUGUGAAUAAUUUUGAUAUAUUUGUGUGCAUUAUUUGAUAUAUUUUAAUUAAUACCCCAUGCAUACCUUAAAGGCCAAAAACUUCAAUCAUUCGUCAAAUGUAGAUUGUCUUAAUCCAAAAUGCACUGUGCAUAGCUGAAAUGGUUUUACAGCACAACUAUAAUGUACAUUGCAGAAAAUGGUUUGGAAUGGUCUCCUCAGUAAGGUUGCCAACCUGAAACACUAAAUCCAAACUGGCUGCAGUUCUGUUGAAUAAAGAGCCAGUACGUAACUGAGAGCACUCCAAAAAUGUGGUUUUAAAUUCUCUAUCUGUUAAGUACAAAUAUAGGCUGAUGCUGUUAAAAAAAAUCCCUAUUUUGGCGUUAAAGUCAAUAUUUUAAGUAACUUUAAGUUUCAAUGCUGAAUUCAGAGUUCUGAAAAUGCAGUGCAUCUAACCCAGUUUAUUUCCUGAAUGUAGCUUUAAAUAUCUACGUGGCGUUUUGCAGUUUGCAGCGGUCCCUGUGAUCAAACUCGACUGCAAGAAGGAUUCAAUCUUAACCAAGACUGAAAGACUGUUUACCAGCAAUCCAUGGAGCCAGAAAAAAAAGAAUGUUGUUUUAUAGUUUGUAAAUAUAAUUUAUGGUAUUGUUUGCCUGCAAUAAACUCUUUAUAAUAUGAAA